AUGAAUGAGUGCAGCCUCUAUCUGAACUUUGUUGAAAUCAGUCCGGUCCAUAAGUCAAGCACAUGUGCGGCAAAUAAUAUUGGUUGUAUGCUAGCCUGGGAGUUUGCUCUUCGUGGAGCCAAUUUAAUACUGGUUGAUUUGGAUGCAGACGGAUGUGCAAACCUAGCUGAUAACAUAAGAGACAUUGGCCAGGCUGUGAAAAUAUACCAGUGUGAUUUAACAAAAAGAGAUGAGAUUAAUAGGGUCAUGUCCGACGUGUUGCGAGAUGUCGGGAAUGUCGAUAUUUUAGUGAACAACGCUGGGAUUGUCAGUGCACGGAGACUACAAGAUUGUCCAGAUGUAAUCAUUCAACGAGUCAUGGAUCUUAAUAUCAUGGCUUCAAUUUGGAUGACCAAGGCUGUCCUACCAGGAAUGCAACAGCGGAACUAUGGCCACAUCGUCAACAUCGCUUCCCUAACCGGCUUCAUCGGUAUCGGGGGACUCGUUGACUUGAGCACCAGCAAGUUUGCAAGCGUGGGUUUCUCAGAGGCUCUACACUGUGAGCUGUCACAGAUGAAGAAGGAUAUUAAGGUGUCUGUUGUCUGUCCCUCACUGCUGGAUCGGGGCAUGUUUGAAGGAGCAAAGUCAAGGUUUCCAGCACCGUUGCAACCCGAGUAUGCAAUAAGUGAGAUCAUGAAAGGCAUUCUCCAAGAUCAAGAGGUUAUAUUUAUUCCAUGGUACAUGCAGUUCACACCAAUCUUAAAAGCGUAA